UUGAGCGAAGUGAAUGACGUCUCUGCAUUUGCGGGCCGCCGACGCAGGGCUGGGUUUCCAUUUUCAGAGCGAGUUUCGGGGGGGAUCGUCAACAUGGAGCCGGAGAUGGAGGACAAAACGUUGGAACUGAUGUGCUCUGUGCCUCGCUCUCUCUGGCUGGGCUGCUCCUCGGUGGCUGAGAGUUUGUGUGCACUCAGGUGCCUGCAGAGCAUCCCCUCCACCCGGGCUCACAACCAGAACACGUCAGGGAUGGAGUCACAGAACCUAGUGGACGACCUGUCGCCAAAGAAGAACACAGUUCUCAAGCUUAGUAAUGGUCCUGUUGUGGGGUCCCGCAAGCGUCCGUCAGAGGGUAACUACGAGAAGGAGAAGGAACACUGCAUCGCCCUGUUUGACCAGUGGUCAGAGGCCGACCAGGUGGAGUUUGUCGAGCGCCUGAUCUCCCGUAUGUGCCACUACCAGCACGGCCACAUCAACUCCUACCUCAAACCCAUGCUGCAGAGGGACUUCAUCACUGCGCUGCCAGCCCAAGGCUUGGAUCACAUAGCAGAGAACAUCCUGUCUUUCCUGGAUGCACGCUCGCUGUGCUCGGCAGAGCUGGUGUGUAAGGAGUGGCAGAGGGUCAUCUCUGAGGGUAUGCUGUGGAAGAAGCUCAUUGAACGCAUGGUCCGCACGGACCCGCUCUGGAAAGGCCUGUCUGAGAGACACCAGUGGGAGAAAUAUCUGUUCAAGAACCGCACAUCAGAAGUCCCACCCAACUCCUACUAUCACUCCCUUUAUCCCAAGAUCAUCCAAGACAUAGAGACUAUUGAGGCAAAUUGGCGAUGUGGCAGACACAACUUGCAGAGGAUUCAGUGUCGCUCAGAAAAUAGUAAAGGGGUCUACUGUCUCCAGUACGACGAUGACAAGAUCAUCAGUGGCCUUAGGGACAAUUCCAUCAAGAUCUGGGAUAAGCAGUCUCUGGAAUGUCUGAAGAUACUGACCGGUCACACAGGCUCAGUGUUGUGUCUGCAGUAUGAUGAGAGAGUCAUCGUCACCGGGUCUUCUGAUUCAACUGUCAGGGUGUGGGAGGUGACGACGGGUGAGGUACUGAACACACUGAUCCAUCACAACGAGGCAGUUCUUCACCUGCGCUUUGCCAACGGCCUGAUGGUCACCUGCUCCAAGGACCGUUCAAUCGCCGUCUGGGACAUGGCCUCUCCUACUGACAUCAGCCUACGUCGUGUCCUCGUGGGACACAGGGCUGCUGUCAACGUGGUCGAUUUUGACGACAAAUAUAUUGUGUCCGCCUCAGGGGACCGCACCAUCAAGGUAUGGAGCACCAGCACCUGUGAGUUUGUGCGCACUCUUAAUGGUCAUAAGAGGGGCAUCGCCUGUCUACAGUACAGAGACCGUCUGGUGGUCAGCGGCUCGUCUGACAACACAAUCCGGUUAUGGGACAUAGAGUGUGGAGCAUGUUUGCGAGUGCUUGAAGGUCAUGAGGAGCUGGUGCGUUGCAUUCGCUUUGACAACAAAAGGAUUGUCAGCGGCGCCUACGACGGGAAGAUCAAGGUGUGGGACCUGCAGGCAGCCCUGGACCCACGAGCCCCCGCCAGCACAUUAUGUCUGCGCACUCUAGUGGAGCACUCUGGCCGCGUGUUCCGCCUCCAAUUUGAUGAGUUUCAGAUCAUCAGCAGUUCUCACGACGACACCAUUCUGAUCUGGGACUUCCUGAACGUCUCGACCAACGGCCAGUCAGAGGGACGGUCUCCCUCCCGCACCUACACUUACAUUUCUAGAUAGCAGGUGGCGCCAUCCACUGCAUCCUUUCUUGGAGGAGCCCAGGGCUGAUUGGCUGAUGGGUGCGUCCAUCAUGGAAAGGAGCCCAUCUCUUCUCCUUCCUCCUCGUCAUCUCUCUGUCCACCUCCCACCCCAACACCUCCACCUCCCUGCCCGUUCUGACAGACUCUUGAGCUUGGGCCCAUUGCCUGCCAGUACCGUGACAUGCACACACACAGACACACAUACACACACACACAGGUCAACACUGAUGAGGAUUCCCGACUACAGAACCGAUGCAACUCUCCCAAGAAGUUCACCUUCUACUACUAAUUUAUGUUUUGUAAAGUACACUAAUGACAGUAUUAACUUAGACCUUAUAUAAGUCACAGGCUCCCUUUUGUCCCCUUGAUACAAACUUAAAGCAGCUUGUGCUCCUCAGUUUUCAGCGCCUGCCAAAACAGGUUUCCACAGAUAUGGAAUCGCUUAUAGAUAUAUAUUUAUAUAUAUUACACACACAUACACACACAAACACACACACACAGUGACACAGUUGGACAGAGGAUGACCGGAGCUGUGAUGCGGGAGACAGAGACUCUUUACUCAGCUCUAGGAAAGGAGGGAAGGAUGGGAGAUGGAGGGAGUGAAUGAGGGAGAAAUGUGUCGGGGGGAUGACUCCCCCGCUCCCUCUCACUCCCUCACACUCCUCCCUGUCUCUCGCUCUCUCUCCACCCCCCCUUCCCCCCCUCUAACCCCCAGAGAUGCACACUCGCUUGGAACAUGGGGGCGCGCACACACACUCAAGUUUGCGUGAGUGUGUGUUUGUGUAUGUGGACUUGUGAAACGACAGAGCAGAAGCGUCAAACAGACAGACAUGCAUGUGAGGUUGCCGUGGAUACAGCAUCCCGGUACACCUCUGCUUUUAUUUCUCUUUAACUCUUACUUUCUUACUGUUUUUUAUUACUGUUAUUUUCUCAUUUUAUUUGAGUAUUUUGGUUCUUAGUACAAAAAUCAUACUAAGCGUAGUCCUCUUUCUACUCCCCCUCCCCUCCUCCUCUCUAUCUCUUACUGUCUUCUCCUCAUUCUUUCUUCUAACUUCCACCCUUGUUCAUCUGUCCCUUUCACUCCAUCUUUCUCUCCCCCAUCAUCUACGUGCUUGCUUUGGUUAUGAGAGAAGCUGGAACUCAAGAGCUCAAAUUUAGCUGUAAACGGAGUUGUCUUGUCAAAAAUUGUGUUGUAUAUUAAAAAUGAUUUUUUAAAGAAGAAAAUGACCUUAUUGUGAAUAAAGUACUUGACAGUGGUGGAGUGUUGAGCCAACUGUAACAUGAAUGAGUGUCUAAUUGUCUGUCUGUUCUUGUCUGUGUGUGCAUGUGUGGGUGGAUUUGUGCUGUGUUGCCUCUAUCUGACGGGUAGAUACAAUUCAGCGGGCCGCCACUCUGUUCCCUCGGUGCUUCAGUAACAACAGAAGAAUCGCUGGCUGUCUGUCCCGCAGACAAAGAAUGUAGAUAUGAAUUUGUAAUGCGUGAAAUUCCUGAUUGUUCACAAAAAAGACUUAAUACACAAAAAACCCCUCAAGAUCCAGUUACUAGAUUUUCUUUCUGGAGACAACAGCAUCUUGAGGUCUUCCUCAGUUGACAAGACUCAAAAGUCAACAACUCAACUGAGCAAACUUGGUCUGAAAGCUCAGUGAAUCAACUGGUAGACUGGACCUUUAGUAAAUUAUUUAAUCUUUGGUAUAACUGUUUUCAAGGUCAAGAUGUACGCUCAUGCUCCACUUAAAACUGUGAGCGUUUACCUGCACAAUCGUGUCCCAGUUACGAGUCUUAUCCUGGUUUUUUGAUCUUAUUCUAGGGUUUCACUGAUUCAAAGCUGAGACAGCUGUUUACAUCUGAUUACAUGUGCAUGUACUAUGUCAGCAGCGCUCACAUAGACUACAUUUUGUUCUCAUUUCAUGUAGUCUUAUUGUUUUUUUUCUGGGAUUUUAAUACCUGUUUGAGAUUUUAAAAAAUUGUUGAAUUGUAAUUCAUGUUAAUUUGAAGAUUUUUUUUUUUACUUAGUUGCUGAUGAAUGCUUUAUUAUUUUAAUCAUAUCUAUGUAAAUAUUUGUUCAAGCCUAAUGUUGCCUUACACAUAAAAGAGUGAUGUCAGUCACCUUCACAUAGUAAGGCGUACAACUUAUUAAUUAAACACUGGUAUUGGCUCGCUGUUCAGUAUCGGCUGAUACGUAGAGCCCAGGUGCUGACACAUCUGA